GCUCUCUGUCAGUCAACGUCUCCGUACCAUUGUUACCCAGCUUGUGUUUUGUGUGUGAUCUUUGUCUUUAAGAUAAUCCACUCGUCUUACGAUGUCGUCAAUAACGUGGUUGGCGUGCGCGCUUGUAUUGAUGUGCGUGCAAGUGUCGCCUGCGCCUGCGCCUGCACCCGCGCCACAAGAAGAAAAUUACCCGCCAAUGCCAUACGAAUACAAAUACGACGUAGAAGAUCCAGAAAAAUUGCUUUACUUCGGAGCAAAUGAAUCGGGCGAUGCACAGGGUAAGGUUGUUGGCGGUUACAAGGUGCUGCAUCCUGAUGGACGACUUAUGACUGUCGAGUACACAGUACAAGGCGACAGUGGUUUUGUACCAAUAAUUAAGUUCGAACAGAACGCAAAUCCCUUCGGUAAACGGAAGUAGGCUAAUGAUUAUGUUUGUAGCGAAUGAAAAGUCACGUAGCGAGCAAUUUGUGUAAAUAUUCAUGUAUUUUAAUAGCCUUGUUUCUGAGAUUAUGCAACUUUUAAAAUGAUUGCUAUCGUCACAUUCAUAUCCACUUCUGGCGUUUUAAGUAUUCUUGAUUAAUCAUGUUACUCCUCUUUUACAGCGUUGAUAAUAUCUUAAUUCUAUGAUAGUGUGAUAGAUCUAUUGUGUUCUUUGAUCAAUUGUAUAACAUUCUAAGAGGAAUUUCGAAUUCAUUUCCUUGAAAAUGUUCUGCUGUACCUUAGUCAGUUAAAUUAGCAGCACCCUAAUAAAUAAAUAAAAAUAAAAUAAAUCAGAUUACUUGACUGUAUUCAUAUGGAAAUACAGCCACGUGUUCUUUGCAAACAUUCAAUAUAUGAUUUUUCUUCAAAAUUAUCUGUUUUUUUGAAUACUGUAGUCCACUGAUCUUUAGUAUUAAUAAAAGAGGUUAAUGCAUCUCAAUAUGUACAAGCAUAAGAGCCAUCUAUGUAAAUGUCAUAAAAUUAGUACCUAGCAUUACUUUCUUUAAAGUAAAAUAUGCUAUACAGUGAUCUUUUAUUUUAAUUGUAUGUUUUAUAUUAAUUAUUUACUCAGAAUGAAGUGCUACUUUAAAUAUUUAUUGAUAAAAAUAGGCUAAUAUGAAUAUUUAUAAACGAAUCAUUUGGCAAACUGUAUACUAUUGCUACUACUUGUCUAGAUAGAAUUCGAAAUAUUAAAGUAACUCCAGGAGUAUUUCAGUAAGAUACCGAGCUCGCAAGCUGUAUAGUUUCGGGUUUGCACGUAAAAUAUAAAAUAAUACUGAUAAAACAAGAUAACAUAAAUAAAGAGUUAAAAUAUAAAUAAAACAAUAUAGUUUUCAGUAAAAACAUAUAGUUUACAUCCGGUUUUAUCCUUUUUUAUCUAAACAAGAUUAAACAUCUUCAAAUUCAACGAUUUUUGUAACCUUAAUUAGUUUUAACGACAAUUUCGGCAAAUAUAAUCAAAAUAGUUACCAAUUCUGUGAUUUGACUUAAAUCUUAAAUCAUUAAUUACGUUUAGGUUUAAAUUACAUACAAUAAGUUGAUAUAAGAUAAGGAUGCAAGUAUAUAUAAUAAAGAAACAUUAUAGUGUUGAUUCGAUGUUACAUAAAACUCAGAAUUACAAACCGCCCUCAAAGCAGUGCUAUUCUUUUAUACAAUGAACAUUCUGAAAAGGGAAGCAAUACUAAUAAUUUAAGUUUUUAGACAUAUGUACAACUACAUACGCAGCAAUGUAACCUCUUAUUUUUAUACGUUUUGAUAUUCGUACUUUAUACUGAUUUAUUAGAUACGUAAGAAAUAAAAUAUUUUUGUACGAAA